AUGUCUCAAAAGACAUCUAAUAUGCCUUCGCAAAGUCACCACCAUCAGUCUUUACCUCUACGUAUUCUUGCAGUAGGCUCUGCCUAUGAAGACACUAUUCUAUAUGUUGACAAGUUCCCGCCUGAAGACGGAAAACAACGCGCGCAACGAGUGGAAAAGCGGCGUGGUGGGAAUUCUGGAAAUACACUGACCGUGUUGUCGCAAUUUCCAUUAUGUCAGCCUUACUUUAUGGCUUCUAUGGCGUCAAAAGAAGCAUCCACUAUCGAUGAACUGACAUUUGAAGAAUUCAAAAGGAAAUUUGAGGGUGUCUGUGAUGAGGCAGCGAUGAAUGAUUUGAAUCAAGAUGUUCCUUUCAAUUGGAUACAUUUCGAAGGUCGUAAUACUGAAGAAGUAGCCAAAAUGAUGGACCAUACUGACACUAAAGAAUGGCGAAAUCGAUGUAUUAUAAGUGUGGAAUUGGAGAAACCACAUCGAAAGGGACUUGAAGAUUUAAUGCAUCGGGCAGAUGUAGUUUUCUUUUCGAAAGUGUUUGCUGAAGGAAAAGGCUAUGAUCGUGCUGGUGAUUUUCUUCAAGUUAUGGGCCCAUAUUGUAAAAAAACUGCAUCAUUAUUUUGUACGUGGGGUAGUUCUGGUGCAUCAUGUUUUCAUAAUCCAACACAAAAACUUUUCUCUGCUUCCGCAUUACCAAUACCGAGUGUAGUCGAUUCUGUUGGUGCUGGCGACACAUUUAUCGCUGGUGUGAUAUACGGAUUAACGCAAGGGAUGCCGCCAGAAGGAUGUUUAAGAUCUGCGUGUGAAUUGGCUGGGCGUAAAUGUGCUCAGGUUGGAUUUGAGAAAGUUGUCGAGAAGAUGAGUCAAUUUAAUUAG